AUGGCUACGACUACAAAACUUCAAUUUGUUGAUCCGUCCGUGGCAUUUUCCCAGAUCGACCCUUCCAAACAGAUGCGUCUUGUUUCACUAUACUCGAGCCGCCAGAACUCAAUUACAUGUCAUCUCAACGUUGUUCCCAUCAACGAUCCGCCACCGUACGAAGCGUUGUCCUAUGUUUGGGGCAGUGCAGAGGAUCUACAGGUCCUAACUGUUGAUGGUCAUGCUUUUAGAGUCACAAAAAAUCUCCAUGCAUCUUUAGAACAUCUUUCGCUUCCCGAUGGAGCCGCGCGCGUCCUCUGGGUUGAUGCCAUAUGUAUCAAUCAGGGGCCCGAGCAGGAUGAUUUGAAGGAGAGAAGUCAACAGGUCCGGCUCAUGGGCCGGAUAUUUUCAGGCGCGACCAAUGUUAUUGCUUACCUGGGAGAGCCUUACCCCUAUCUGUUUGAGUCUUUGGAAUUCCUCACCGUUGCUGCUGGGGGUCAGCAGUCGCAGAUCGACCAGCUCACCCAGAGUGCCGGCUGCAACGUCACCCAAAUAUGCCACGGCCUGAUAUCUCUGUUCAACCGAGCUUGGUGGAACAGAGUCUGGACGGUUCAGGAACCCUUACGCGGCCGCAAGGUAACCUUCCAGCUCGGAAGACUCGAAGUUGCAGCCGAGAUGAUUCGUGACGCCAUCUACAAUAUUGUUACAUCAAAUGUUCGAACACCAUCAGCAUUUGCAGAAUUGGAACCGACUUCUGGAGAGACUCUGUCAACAGCAUUCACAAAAAUGGCAAUGCUAUCAUUGUCUUAUACCGGGACGUCACUUCUCAAUGUCCUAGGAGCCUUCCGAUACCGCGACUCGGCGGAUCCGAGGGACAAGAUCUAUAGUCUGAUGGGUCUACUGCCUGACACUGAGCACAUCGUCAAUAUAGACUAUACGAUACCUCCGGAACAGCUCUUUCAAGACUUCACCUUAGCCUGGAUCAGGAAGUACCAAAAUCUGAAAGUGCUCGGCCAUCUCCAUAAUCCAGAGCGUCGUGUGCACAAGAAGAUGCCAUCCUUUGCUGUCGACUGGGCAUAUCGGCCAAGCAUACAAUCCAAUGGUGCGUUGCACAACUGCAGUCUGCUCCAGAAUGAAGCGUUCAACGCAUGCAAAGGGUCCAAAGCCGCGUGGCAUCUCGAGUCAGUGGGACAAGUGCGCGCAACUGGGUUUAUAUUCGACUCCAUUGAAGAUAUUGGCGCUAAACACGUAUUUGAGUUUGGCAGUUCCUGGUCCACCAGGUUCAAAACACUUGAAGAUAUUGUGCGCACGGCAAACAAAAGGAUCGAGAAUGAUCAGCAGACACCGGAGCAAGCUCUCACAACUAUACGUCAUACCCUGUGCAUGGAUUGCAAACAGGAGGCAGGGGUAUAUAGCAGACUGCGCGGCAAGGACGACGAGCAUGUUCUGGAUGUAUGGUGGGAACGCACUUUCAAGCCGUCCUCGCCGGCCCACUCGAAUAUACUCGCUGGCGAAGGCGGCCCUAUAGAGACCACCGCAUGGAUUGCGUCGUUGGAAAGGAGCUUCAUCUUUACGGAGAGUGGAUACAUGGGGCUCGGUCCGGACUGGUGCAAACCGGGGGAUGCCGUCGCAGUCAUGGCUGGUGGAGACUUGCCUUUGGUCCUACGGCCUGUGAGUCGAAGGGUUGGCGACAGACUCGAUGGCAUCCCAACGUUUGAAGUCAUUGGUGAAGCAUAUAUCCACGGAAUCAUGGAUGGAGAGGCAUUGGAUAUCAAAGGAAGGGCUGAGUGCGAUUUCGAUGAUUUUUGCUUGAUAUGA